AUGUCAGAAACAACAACCACAACGACAUUAACUCAUAGAGCCCCCUCAUCAUCCUCACCCACAUCCACAUCCGUGAAGGACGCACAAAAAGGCAAAGAAAAAGAAAUCCCCAUCUACGAACCCCUAACCCAACCACGAGCCCUGCACUCCAUCAUCGAAAACGACAUCUACCUCCUAGGCGGGCAAGUCGCCAUCCUAUGCCAAUUCGCACACCCAGCCCUCGCAAAAGGCAGUUUCAAGCACUCCUCCUUCGCCGAGCGCAUCCCACAGCGUCUACGCAAUACAGCGCGGUUCCUGAACGUCGCUGUCUGCGGAACAGAGGAGGAGAAGAGAGCUAUAUUCGGCGUUAUCCACCGCUACCACUCGCGCGUGAAGGGGGAUGAUUAUAGCGCUGAUGAUCCAGAACUGCAUAAAUGGACGGCGGCGACGUUGUUUUUUUCGAUUGUGUUAGUGCGGGAGACAUUCUUUGGGAAGAUGGAGAAGGCCGAGAUGGAGAAUAUGCUCCGGGAGAGCGCGGUGUUUGGGACGUCGCUAAGGAUGCCCCCCGAGAUGUGGUUUGAUUCCGUGGAGGAGUUCUGGGAGUACUGGGAUUACAAUAUUGCGACGCUGCAGGUUACGGAUAUGGCGCGGAGUUUGGCCAGGGAUUUGAUGUAUCCGAAGAAUCUGCCGCGGGAGAUGGCGUGGACGUUGCCUGUUGCGAGGGUGCUGACGGUGAAUUGGCUGCCGGGGAGGCUGGCGAGGGAGUAUAAUCUGCAGCCGACUUUGGUGAAUCAGGCUGUGUAUGUUGCGUUUGUGGCGUGGGUGAGGGCUGUAUAUCCCAUGCUGCCGAUGGCGUGGAGGGGGAGGAGGCAUCUAGAGUAUAUGGAGGAUUUGAAGAAGGCUGUGCAGAGGGUGAAUGAGACGGGGCAUUGGGCUGGUAUUUAA